UCUGACAUUUCGAUCUCAACGUGUUGUUACUUGUUUUGGUUUUCGUACCAAUAAUGGAUUAUUUUGAAGUGGUUAUUAAACAAUAAAGAAAGCAGCUGAAUAAUUGCGUGUUUAAUUUGGUUAGGUUUAAUGUCUUACAUUUACGCGUAAGUAACCAUGGCAGAUUCUCCUCCGUUUUUCGUUGAUAGAGCCAAAGGUGGACGAGCUUCUUGCAAGGGGUGUAAAUCUAACUGUCCUGGAGGAGAGUUACGUAUAGCGAAGCUUGUUGCAAGCCCCUACGGUGAAGGCCACAUGAAAUCAUGGUACCAUGUAGACUGUUUCAUGAAUGUCUUGCUCAAGCAGAGACCAGCAACAAAGCGUGUAGACUCUAUAGACGACAUAGCUGGCUGGGGCUGUAUCAGUGCGGAAGACCAAGAAUUCAUCCUUAAAAAGCUUAACGAAAUGGAGAAACUGUAUGCAGAGAAAAACAGUGGUAAAUACACUGCUAAGAUUAUCAAAAACAUUUCAACUGCUUCUGUAGAAGCUAGUCCUUCAAAAACGGCAAGUAAUGAGAGUAAAGACUGCCCCAAAAAACAAGUAGAAACUGAUGAUGACAAGUUUGUGACAUUUUUCACAUUAUGCAAAAGAAUAUCUAAAGUUGAUGCUUACACUGAGAAAACUGCUGUAGUCAAUAACUUCUUCAGAAAAGGCUCUGAUGAUGACAGCUUUAAAGGCGAUCUUACGCUAUGGUGUAAGUUACUAUUACCACAAGUAAGCAAAAGAGUGUACAAUUUAAAAAGUAAACAAUUGGUUAAAUUAUUUUCAAGAAUUUUCAACAUGGACCACGAUGACAUGCUAACACAUUUAGAACAAGGUGAUGUUGCCGAUACAAUACAGUCAUUUUUCAAAAAAUCAAAAACUGUUCAGCCAGCAUCGGAAAGCACACUAACAAUACAAAAAGUUGAAGACUUCCUAGAAGAUCUUUCAAAACUGACAAAGGAGGAAGAACAAAUAUACCAUUUCAAGAAGAUAGUAAAGAAAUGUACUGCCAAUGAGUUGAAAAUGCUCAUUAGGUUAAUAAAGGGUGAUUUAAGAAUAAAUGCAGGGCCAAAACACAUACUAGAAGGUGUGCAUCCAGAUGCUUACAGUGUCUUCCAAACAUCUCGAGACCUAAACAUGGUUUUGGAUAGAAUUUUAUCAGAAACCAGUACAGUCAAACAUAAAGAUGCUAUCCAAAAAGGUUUUGAUGCAAGACUAAGCUUAAUGACUCCAGUAUUACCUAUGUUGGCUGAAGCUUGCAAAUCAGUGGAAAUGGCAAUGAAGAAAUGUCCUAACGGAAUGUUCUCAGAGAUCAAAUAUGACGGUGAAAGGGUACAAGUGCAUAAAAAAGGGAAUGAGUUUAAAUAUUUCUCUAGAGCAUUAAAACCUGUUAUGGCACAUAAAGUCAGUCAUUUUAAGGAUUAUUUACCACAAGCAUUUCCAAAGGGGACCGAUUUGAUUCUUGAUGCUGAAGUUUUGAUGGUAGAUGUGAAUACAGGAAAGCCUUUGCCAUUUGGUACACUAGGUAUCCAUAAACAGUCUGAAUUCAAAGAUGCACAAGUAUGUCUGUUUGUGUUUGACUGUUUAUACUACAAUGGCAAAGUGCUAAUAGACUUACCAAUAAGGAAACGGAGAAAGAUAUUGCAUGAAAAUAUGGUUGAAGUGACAAAUCAUGUCAUGUUAUCUGAACAGAAAUUGAUUGAAAAGCCUUCCGAUCUGGCAAAAAUGAUUGCUGAGGUAUUAGAGCUCGGUUUAGAAGGUUUAGUGCUGAAAGACUUGGAGUCUACUUAUGAGCCCGGCAAGAGACAUUGGUUAAAGGUGAAGAAAGAUUAUCUGUUUGACGGUGCAAUGGCUGACUCGGCUGAUCUAGUGGUACUUGGAGCUUGGUUUGGCACAGGUAAAAAAGGUGGUAUGAUGUCAGUAUUUCUAAUGGGUUGCCAUGACGCACGUCGAAAAAAAUGGGUGACUGUCACCAAAGUCCAUACAGGCCACGACGACAGUACUUUGGAAAGACUGCAGAAAGAAUUAGCACCCCUAAUGGUAAAAAUAUCCCAGGACAGCAAUAAAGUACCAUCUUGGUUGGACUGCAAUAAAGGAAUGGUGCCAGAUUUUGUUGCUUUGGAUCCUAAGAAACAACCUGUUUGGGAGAUUACUGGUACGGAAUUAACGAAGGCUAAUUUACACACAGCGGAUGGAAUUUCAGUUAGAUUUCCAAGAGUCACCAGAAUUAGGACAGACAAAGAUUGGGAGACCGCAACGAAUUUGGAAGCACUAAAACUCCUUUAUAAGACUUCUAAAGAGAAAACAGAUGUGUCAUUACUAAAUAAGCUUGCAGCUACAGCAAAUGACGAACCACCACUGAAGAAAAUUAAAGCCAGUCCAUCCAAAACAUCGACUACAACAAAACCUACCAAAGUAAGCCCGAAGAACAAAAUAGAUAGCUUUAUAAUAAAAAAGGAAAAAAAGUCAGAAGUAAAACUGAAUCUGUCAAAUUCAUCAGAAAAGGCUAAUAGUUCUACAGCAACAGAUGUUGAUAUGAAGGAAGAGAGUAACACAAGUGAUGAGGAAAUAGAUAGUACAAAACCUAUCAAAGUUAGCCCGAAGAAUAAAAUAGAUAGCUUUAUAAUAAAAAAGGAAAAACAGUCAGAAGUAAAACUGAAUCAGUCAAAUUCAUCAGAAAAGGCAAAUACUUCUGCAGCAACAGAUGUGGAUAUGAAAGAAGAGGGUAACGUGAGCGAUGAAGAAAUAGAUAGUAAAGAAUUGGAAUUUAAUCCAGAUGUUGUUCUUCCAGACGUAUUUGAAGAUAAACGGCUAGGUUUUUACCCUGAUUUCAUAAGCUUCACUGAGGACGAGAGAGAGCAUUUUGAAAGGCAUUGGAUAGCUUACGGAGGUACAGUCGUAAAGUCAAUACGAUCCAUGGAUGUAGACUAUGUCCUUCAUAAUAGUAAUACGAUAGAAUUUAAGAAAAUGUUGAAGUUGAAAAAGAAAGUGCCUGCAGAUGUUAGACACGUACACAAAGAUUGGUUAAUGCAAUGUAUUAAUGAUGUUAAAUUAUGCGAUACCAAGUUUUAUCCUGUUUUUAUUGUGACUUAGCGCUGUUAUAAACUGAUUACAUGUUGUAUGAAUUAUUUAAGUAUAGAUGAUCAUGAAAUCCACUGUUAUUCUGCCGAUGAAUGUAUCAUUAAAAUGGUAUACAUUU